CAGGAUCUUUUCUCAGAGAUCUUAUCCAGCAAAGAUCCCGUAUCGCUAAGUCUACCCAAUGUGUGGCUAUGGGAUAUCAUUGACGAAUUCGUCUAUCAGUUCCAAGCUUUCUGUCUUUACAAAGCGAAUCCUGGAAAGCGAAGCGUGGACGAGGUUGAUGAGCUCAUCAGUAUCGAGGAAGCCCAAAAUGCCUGGAAUAUUUAUCCUGUGCUUAAUAUUUUGUAUUCUCUACUAUCAAAAUCGCAAAUUAACGAGCAGCUGGCAGCCAUCAGAGCUCGAAAGAAUCCGGACGACGUCGCAGAUGAGUUCGGACAGUCUGCGCUGUAUUUCAAACUUGGGUAUUUCUCUCUGAUUGGAUUGUUGAGAACUCAUGUACUUCUUGGAGACUACCAUCAAGCUUUGAAAACAGUCGAGAACGUAGAGUUCGAUGCCAAGGGCCUUUACAACACCGUUCCGUCAUGUCUCGUGACAUUGCAUUAUUUUGUCGGUUUCUCACAUAUGAUGAUGCGAAACUAUGGUGAAGCAACGAAGAUGUUUGUAAACUGUUUGAUGUUUAUCCAAAGGACGAAAGCAAUCCAAACUCAGCAACAGAAGCAGAAGAACUUCCAGUAUGAUGUGAUUGGCAAAACCUAUGACCAACUUUUCCAUUUACUUGCGAUCUGCCUGGCUAUACAGCCUCAACGCAUCGAUGAGUCGAUUGCAUCCCAACUCGCUGAGCGAUGUGGUGACCGCAUGUCACGUAUGGGCAAUGGUGACUUGGACGAGUUUCGUCUAGCGUUCCAGAUGGGAUGUCCGAAGUUCCUUUCGCCAACUACCGUCGUUUAUGAAGGCUCAAAUCUAUCUAAGGAGCCACUUUUGCGUCAAUCGCAAGCUUUCCUUGAAGGCGUUGAAGCUCAGAUGGCGCUGCCGGUUCUACGUGGAUACCUAAAAUUAUACACAUCCCUGCCAACGAAAAAACUAGCAUCGUUCAUGGAUGUUGACGAUAAGAAUUAUGACUCUUUCUUGGGAAAGCUGUUAACAUACAAGAUGGUGGUCAAUGAACUAGGCAAGGAUUCGCUAGCAUCUUCAAAUGACGACGACGAACCGAAUACGGAUAUUGAUUUUUACGUUGAUAAGGAUAUGAUUUGCAUUGCCGAUACGAAAGUAGCACGUCGGGUUGGAGAGCAUUUCAUCCGACACAUGCAGAAACUUUAUGAGGUUCAAAAGUUGUUGAAGAAAUUAGAGACGAAACCCUAA